AUGUGCAUAAAAACACAGUGUUGUGUGAAGUAAAGAAGAUGUUCAAUGGCCUCUGGUAGUGCUGCACUUGAAUCAAGCUAUCAUACAAGACCGGAUUUUAUUGUGAUAAGCCUUGAGUUAGACCCCAACGACCCUCAGAUUGCCACAGACCUCGAGUUCACUAUGAGUGGUGAUUGGCUACACACUGGAGCACAACAAGAGCCUCAGGGUGGAUCUGCUCAUGCCCCUGGUGACAGACGAACACUACAGAGUAUCUCCAUAGAGACCUUCUCCUCGACCACCUCGUCUAGUUCAUUGACCACACCCACUAAUGAUGGAUCGCUACCGGAGGGAGUGGUGCUGGGCAAGAUACCUUUCUUCUCUGGCAUACCCAGUGUGGAGGUUGUGAGAGGAAUACUGCACCUCUACAAGACACAAGCUCCCCCCAGUGAUGACGUGAGUGUGAUGGUGUGUGCAAUGUGCAUCCCUGCCGAGCAUCAACUAUCUGUCAUACUGGAGGCCCUCUCGCCCGUUUUGUCGACAGUGAGCAAGAUGAGAGUGAUCCGAGACUCCACCCCCAACAGAUAUAUGCUCCUGAUCACAUUCAAAGACGAGUCCUCUGCCGGUCAGUUCUACUCCUCGUACAAUGGACAACCCUACAAUAGUCUGGAGAAGUCGCUAUGGCAGCUCGUUUUUGUGUCACGAGUGGAGAUCUUUAACUCAUCCCGAACCUCCUCCCUCGGUCCUCCUCCAGGUUUGGUCGAGCUUCCAUCUUGUCCCGUCUGUCUAGAGAGACUGGACGAGUCUGUACUGACCAUAUUAUGUAACCACUCAUUCCACACCACCUGCCUCACUCGUUGGGAGGACUCGACCUGCCCUAUCUGCCGCUACUUCCAGACCCCUGAACCUUGCGAACAGGACAGCACUUGUUUCAUGUGUGAGGCUAAAGAGAAUUUGUGGAUCUGUCUCAUCUGUGGCCACAUUGGGUGUGGUAGGUACAUGGGUGGUCAUGCCAACACACACUUUGCCUUGACACAGCACACGUUCUCAAUGCAACUGGGGACCCAACGCAGAGUCUGGGACUAUAUCGGAGAUAACUAUGUGCAUCGACUGGUACAGAACAAGGCUGAUGGUAAACUGGUAGAGGUGUCAGGUGGUCCUGCUCAGGUUGGGGAUAGUGAGAAGGUCGACUCUUUGCAACUGGAGUACACUUAUUUACUGACAAGUCAACUCGAGUCUCAGAGGCUGUACUUUGAAGAGAAGCUGGCCAGAGUUGAGAAAGAUUUGAACGAACAGCUAUCUGUAACGGAGACUCGUUGUCGGGCGGCAGUGGGGGACAAGGAGAGGUUAGAGGAACAGCUGACUGAGUCUGAGCGAGAGAAGAGAGGAUCCGAGAAGAAAGUUAGUCAGCUGCAGACUAAGCUCAACAAAGCCUCCUCAGAACUCAAUGAGGAGAAAGAGUUAAACAAGUGCCUGGGUGAGAACCAGUCUCUCUGGAAGGAGAGGGUUAGCAUGCUAGAGAGGAAGAUGGAGACUCUGAUGGCUAACAAAGAGAGAGAGCUAGGAGAUCUGAAGGACCAAGUACGAGACCUCAUGUUUUAUCUGGAGACGCAGAAAAAGAUUGCCAAGACACCAGAAGAAGAGAGACAGGACAUACAAGAGGGACAUGUCGUCGUCACACAAGGAGCCACCCCCUCGAGGCGACAAAGAAAGAAGAAAUAACUCACAAUAACAUGCAUGUAGAUACUGUAACUGCUUCUCUAUUACUAUCACAACUUCCUUCUUAAUUGUUUUGUCAAAUCAAGUCAUUUUCCCCUAUCUUCGAUUGAAUACACUAA